AUGCAAACAUGUCAGUUAACUUCAUCCAGCAACGAUUUAUUCAAACUACGUUGUCGUUAUCGUACUGGACAAUAUGCAUUGAAUGGUCUCACGGUGAAUUCAACUCUGCAUGAUUUACUGCAAGCGAUUACAUCACUUAUUGGCAUUCCAUCAACUUGCUUGUCUUUAUUCUAUGGAUAUCCACCAAGAAAGUUGGAUUGUAGUACUGCUGCCUGUCUUACAAGACGUCUACAUGAGAUCCCUCUUCGUUCAGGUGAUUUAAUAACAGUUGAUGAUGUAAUCGGUGAGAGGAAGUCACCGGCUUCUUCAGUUAACUCACAGUUACAUUCAUAUAAUCGUGGAAUACCGAUGGCUAAUGCUUCAACUACUACAGCAGCGACAACGACAGCAACACCAACAACCACAACACCAGCAAACACAAAUACACAAAUAGUCAAUAAUUCAUUAGAACCACGUGUUGUCCGACUGUGUGCACCAUCGGAUAAUUCUUGUCUAUUUACAAGUGCUUUAUUCUGUAUAAAUAAUCAUGAUAGCCGAUUAAAAAUAGGCACAGAAGUUGUAACAAAUGUGACAGCUGUUAGCCAGUUGAGAGAAUUAAUCUCUGGGAUUGUAUUAAGUGAUCCAGUCAAGUAUUCAGAAGCAUUUCUUGGCAUGUCAAAUGAAGAGUAUUCACAACAGAUUAGACAACCAGAUAAAUGGGGUGGUGGUAUUGAAGUGUCUAUUUUAUCACAAUUAUAUGAAGUUGAAAUAUGCAUUGUUGACAUUGAAUCCUGUCGAAUUGAUCGUUUCGGUGAAGAUCAUAAUUAUCCUAAGCGGAUAUUAUUAAUCUAUGAUGGGAUACAUUAUGAUCCACUAGCGCAAGAAUAUCCUAAACGUGAUUGUCUGGUCACAGUGUUCCCUACAAGUGAUGAUUCAAUUCUUUUAGAAGCUCAACAGCUGGCAUCUAAAGCACGUGCUGAAUGGGCAUUCACAGAUUUGGCUUCUUUCACCCUCUUAUGUCGUCAAUGUGAUGCACCAUUGGUUGGACAAGCUGCUGCACAAAAACACGCCCAAUUAACUGGUCAUACACAAUUCAGAGAAAUUGCUCAUUAA